GCACCUCUCUACCACAACCACUCCUCUCUCCAAGAUGGGUGAAGCACUGGUAUACCUGGUGACAGGAGGAUGUGGUUUCAUUGGGGAGCACAUUGUGGAGCUGCUGUGCAAGCAGGACUAUGUCAGUGAAGUCCGGGUCUUUGACUCAGUGGCAGGCGAGGAAGUGAAGAAGUUUGCCACAGCUACCACUUGUGUGAUAGUGAUGAAAGGAGACAUCCGAGACUACGCACUGCUCCUCUCUGCCAUGCGGGGAGUCCAUGUGGUUAUUCACACAGCUGCUAUUGUGGACUACACAGAUACUGUACCCUUUCGGGAAAUGAAAGCUGUCAAUGUUGCUGGUACUGAAAAUGUGCUGAAGGCCUGCUGCACCCUGAGCGUCCCAUAUGUUGUCUAUACAAGCUCCAUGGCUGCCGUGGGACCCAACACUCGACAAGAACCCAUGCUGAGAGGAACAGAAGACACCAAGUACAGUGGGGAAGUGGAACUGCCUUACGGGAAGACUAAGGCCAUGGCAGAAAAAUUGGUACUUGAAGCCAAUGGAAAAGAGCUAAGCAAUGGCGGCAAACUUGCAACAUGCAUCAUCUGUCCAAAUACAGUUUACGGGGAGAAGUAUCUGGUUCUAAAGAACUUGCAUCUCUCAGCCAAAGCCAAAGGGGGUGUGCUGAACUACCUGGAACCCGAAGACACAGAACGUAAUUGGACGUACGUAGGGAAUGUUGCAUGGAUGCAUGUGCUUGCAGCCCGGAACCUGCAGCUGAAACCAGACGUACUUGCUGGGCAGGUGUAUUAUUCCUACGAUGACACCCCAACAAGGAAAGGCUUCCUAGUGAGAUAUCAGCUGUUGUCAGGGAUGGACCCCUCAAUAAGGCUGGGCUCACGCAUACCUUACUGGAAGCUAUGGUUACAAAUAUACUUUUAUAGGAUAAUCAGGAUCCUUUUGUACCCGUUUUGGAAACCACAGCCCUUCCUAAACUUACCUCUGCUGAACACAGUAACCACCACCUUCUUCUAUGAGACAGACAAAGCCUUCAGGCAUUUCGGGUACACUCCCCUCUACAGCUGGGGAGAGAGUAAACGUCGAACAACAGAGUGGUUAAAGGCAGCUACAAAGAACUCGAGAUCCCAUCAGCCCCACAGGAAGGAGACCUAGAUGGCACUUU